GCCAUCAACCAUUCUCCUUCCCGUCGUCAAUCCAACAACCAAACCAAGCGCAGGCGGCAGGCGGUUUGCUUACCUGGCAGGCUCCCUUCUCCUUUCCUCACCCAGCUCCAUCCCGUGAUCCUGAUCCAUCGAUCCAUGGCGGCGGCCAAUAAGUCCAUCGACCGGCUGGCGGCGCGCCGGGUGGUCCCGGCCGAGCCCACGCCAACCGGCCCGCUCCGCCUGUCCUGGCUAGACCGCUACCCGACGCAGAUGGCGCUCAUCGAGUCGCUCCACGUGUUCAAGGCGGCCCCCGACCGGCCCGCCACCAAGACCGGCAGCACUGACGCCGCCGCCAGCCCGGCCAGGACCAUCGAGCGGGCGCUCGCGCGCGCGCUGGUCCGCUACUACCCUCUGGCGGGCCGCCUGGUGCUGUCGGAGUCCGGCGCGCAGCAGGCGGUGGACUGCAGCAACGCCGGCGUGUGGUUCACGGAGGCCGAGGCCGCCUGCACCCUGGAGGACGUGGACUACCUGGAGGCGCCGCUGAUGGUGCCCAAGGACGAGCUCCUCCCGCCCACCCCGGCCGGCGACGGCGAGGACGAGCGCGCGCUGGUCCUGCUCGUCCAGGUCACCGCCUUCGCGUGCGGCGGCUUCGUCGUGGGCUUCCGCUUCAGCCACGCCGUGGCCGACGGCCCGGGCGCCGCGCAGUUCAUGACCGCGGUCGGGGAGCUGGCGCGAGCCGCCGGCCAAGGCCUCGCGCUCGCGGUGCCGUCGGUGGAGCCGCAGUGGGGCCGCGACGCCGUCCCGGACCCCGCGGCCGCGCUGGUGGGGCGGCUCCCGGCUCCCGGUCCCGGCAGCCAGCGGCGGCGGCUCGAGUACCUCGCCAUCGACAUCUCCGCCGACUACGUCGCCCACUACAAGGCGCAGUACAGCGCGGCCGCGCACGGCGGCGGAGGCGCCGCGUGGUGCUCCGCGUUCGAGGUGCUGAUCGCCAAGGCGUGGCGGAGCCGCACCCGCGCGGCCGGGUUCGACGACCCGGACUCCGCCGUGCACCUCUGCUUCGCCGUGAACGCGCGGCCCAUGCUGCACGCGUCGCUCCCGCGGGGCGGCGCCGGGUUCUACGGCAACUGCUACUACAUCAUGCGCGUGUCGGCGCCCGCGGGGAAGGUGGCGGGCGCCUCGGUCGCGGAGGUGGUGAGGAUGAUCAAGGACGGGAAGCGCCGGAUGCCCGCGGAGUUCGCGCGCUGGGCGGCGGGGGAGCUGGGCGCCGGCGGCGUCGACCCCUACCAGAUCACGUCCGACUACCGCACGCUGCUGGUGUCCGACUGGACGCGCCUCGGCUUCGCGGAGGUGGACUACGGAUGGGGCCCGCCCGCGCACGUCGUGCCGCUGACAAACCUGGACUACAUCGCCACGUGCAUCCUCGUGAAGCCCUGGGCCCACAAGCCAGGGGCGCGGCUCAUCACGCAGUGCGUCACCCCGGACCGCGUCGCCGCCUUCCACGAGGCCAUGCUCGACACCAGCUGCUGAUCGGAGAGAAGAGAUGAGUCUGGGGGCUCUAUUUGCAUGCAUCGUCUGUGUCUGUGUGGUGGGAAGCCGCCGCCUACUUACAGAAAUAUGUGACAUUAUUCAUGAUAUCUGGAAAAAAAUGUGAGCUGUAUUGCAUCAGUGA